AUGCCACUUCUUCCUGCCUCGGCUGCUGCCUUCGCUCCUCGAGCCUUAUCCCGCAUGAACCAAGUAGAGCGUCCCCUCAACAGUGUCCCUGAGCACCAGCGAUGCCUCACUGAGACUCUACCAUCACCCAAUGCCACCUGGACCCUCACUUCAAUUAUGCUCCCUAAGACUCCCGAGGCCGACUUUAAGCGUGAUGCCAACAACCCCUUCGUCGAGGCCAGCAUGAAUUACGAGCUCGUUCACAUUGAGGGAUACGUCGACAUAGUUUUUCGCAACGAGGUAGCCUACAAGCUCACCAAAAAAGCCAUCGACACCCUCAUCGAGCACCACAAGGAGGUCUACUGCGUUGACGCGGUCAACACCUACGACCGGCCGGAUGGGGAGCAGUGGUGCAAGAAGCUUCAUGAGGACUUUAUUCAGGCCAUUGACAAAUUUGUCUUCCGCACCGACGUCUCGGCUCUCGAAGGACUCGAAGAGGAUGGAACAGGCGAACUUCUCAAUGGCAGAAGCAAUGAAGUGAAGGAAAAAAUCCUUUCUCUUAUGAAACUUCCUCGCCCGCGUGCUCUUGAUGUCAUCUAA